GUACUGGUGACCUUGGGCGGCUUUAAAACUAGGCUCCUCAUCAUAUGACAAGGGCUUAAAUGAAAUCAUGUUGUCCGGACAGUAUUAUUUUCAUGUUUUACAUCUUUAAAGAUCCUGUAAAAAUAUGCUGUUCAUUCUGAUGUUGCAAUAUUUUGUGGUGAAAUUAUCGACUAUUGUUUUAGUAAUGAAGCACAGCAGAUCUUCAAAUAAUCAUUCCCUUCAUGCAGGUGGGAAAUACAGAAUGCUUUCAGCCCUCGAGUCACCAAGUAUAUCUGUCUAUCCUGUAGCUGAUUUAAUGAGAGCACGUGCUGAGUUUAUUCACCAGUGGAAUGUAUCAAUGUCAAGCCAUUCUGUAGCCAAGUCAAUCAAAAGUGAUCAUUACAAAUAUCCACCAAAUGUAACUAUGAGAAAUUUUCUAGAAUAUCCAUUUCAUGAUAAUGCAUCGGAAGUAUUUCCGUUUCUUCGUACUACAAAAAAUAUAAACACAACCCAAGUGAAGUCUCAAGUUGUAGAACAGUCACUUAAACGUCAAAAGAUUGAAAUUGAAGUCGAUAAUAUAUCUGAUAAAGAAUUCAGGCGUGUUUGUAUGCUGCUCACUGAUAAGGCUUCUUUAUUUGAUGACUCUAUACAAUUAGCUAAUCAAUAUCAGUGCAUAUCAGCGUGCUAUUUUAUUUGUGAUUAUUGUGAUUACAUUGGUAAGACAGAGAAUGAUGCUCAGGUACAUUUGCAACAAACAAAUCAUUUGACAUGCAGUAAAUAUUCACCUUGCUAUUAUACAAAUGAUUGCAAUAACAUGUCGAGUGAGCUACAAAAGCCGCGUGUCAUCUCUAGUAGUUCAGAUAGAACCUAUGGUUGGCGUGUCGGUGAUACAGUAGUAUGCUGUCCUACUUGUAGUUUACCAUUCUUGGAUAAGAUUAUGUGUGCAUAUCACCACUGUUUACAACAUGCUAAAAACCAAUUUCUUUUUACUUACGGGAAGGUGUUGAUUGUAAGGGUUUUAAAAAUUCAAGAACCACUAGUAUGUCCUGAUUGCCGACAAUAUUUCCAUACAUUAGAUAAAAUUACGAAUCAUUGGAUUACUUCAUCUCGUUGCAAUUCACCAUUUAUGCCAAUUUCAAACAAUAAGAAUUGUUUAGAUGUCUUCUGUGUUCUUUCUGUAUCAUGCAGCAUCUGUCAACGUAUUUUUACAUCAGUUCCAUCGUUGGAAAUAGAAGCUAAUCAACAUGGUCAGAAGAGAAAACAUCCGUCAAGCAGAGAAAAUAUCUACAGGUCACCAGCUUCUUGGGCAAAAGAUUUCGGUCAUUUUUGUGUUCGUCAUGCUUUUGAACAUGUAAAUCAGGGUAGAUUUCCUCUGUGUAGCUUGAAAAUACGAAUUAUAAGUGUCCCGAAAUCUGUUAACUGUCUUCCUCCCAUCACUAGUACAAAUAAUUCAAACAGAUUACAUUUUAGCCUCAGCGAAUGUAAACGUCUUAUUUCAUAUCUUGAAAAUCAUGAAUGGAAAUCCCAUUUACUUAAACAGGCUCAGAAAAGCUUUAGAGACUUAUUUUUCGACGCUGUUCUCCAUGUCUCAUAAAUAGGAUUCUUUUUUAUACCCACUCCAAGUAAUUUCUUAUUUCAAAAUUAGCAUUUAUAUUGCUCCUAUCCGGAUCUUGUAUAAUGAUAACAAUAAUAAUAAUAACCUAUAGUUAAUUUAAACUUUUCCAAAGGCCAAAAUGAGGCAGUUAUUAAUUAACUUGACAAUAUUAUACGUUAAAAAUGGUGAACGUUUGCAUCGACAGUAAUAAUCUAGCUUAGUAUGUCUUUUGACGGUCCAUUUUCUAGUUUGGCCAGAAAAAUAUCGGCAACGAUCGGGCCUAAGAGUGAUCCUAUUGCUACUCCAUCUACUUGUCUGUAAAAUUCAUUGUCAAACUUAAAGUAGAUAUUCAUAGUACAUUUCAACAGAAAUUCUUUCAUUUUACUUACACAGAUGGCACACUAAUCGUAUGUGACGAAAAUUUCGACAAACAAGAGAUGUUGGACUUUUCCAAUAACGUCCACCAAGCCAUUUAAUUCACCAGUGAGGAAGAGAAAAACAAUAGUAUAGCUUUCCUUAACGUCCUACUUUCUAGAAGGAGAGUCUGUCCCAUAGAACGAAAUGUAUUUAGAAAGAAUACAUGGACGGGUCAGUAUACCUAUUUCCAAAGCUUCACACCUCUUUAAUAUAAAAUAAAUUUGGUUAAAUGUCUCAGCCACAGAGUCAAGCUAUUAUGUUCUGAGGACAGCGUCGAUAGCGAAAUAGAUAUACUAAAGAACACAUUAUGAAAUAAUGGCUAUCCAUAUAAUUUCGUUAAAAAAAUACCUAGUAAAAAAUAUUAACGAAAAAGGAAGGAAUUGUGACUCAGUGAGGACACGAUCCCUGUGUCUGAAACUGGACUUUGAAGGGGACAUAGCGGGUGAUAUUCCAACACGUCGACUGAAAAAACUGUUGAAAGGACGUUUCACACCAUCAAGCUACAUAUAAUUUUCUCAACUAAAGCAGUACUCACACAACUAAUUAAGGAUAGGUUACCGAAGAUGGGCUCUUCUAUGUGUGUAUACCGAUUCAACUACUCCUGUGGAGCUAGUUACAUAGGCCGUACUCAGAAGGCUUUAUCCUUGCGUAUUCAUGAACAUGUACCAGCAUGCUUGGAAAGAGGAGUCACUAGAUCGAUUAACAGCACCAUCCUUCCUCACUUGGUAGAUAGUGAACAUCAUAUCAAAACAGAGGAAACUUUAUCUGUUUUAUAUCAAGUUCUGAAAAAUCUACCUCAAGAAGCUAGAUUACAAUUACUCUACAUAGCCGAAGCCAUCUGGAUCAACUCCAGAAAACCAAACUUAUGUAUCCAGUAAAGGCAUAUCCAGCCUCUCUGUUUACCUUGGCUUACGACUGGAUUAUCGGUUACCUAAACUAUAUAUCAUAAACCUCUCCCUCCUUUUUUGAUCACCUCUAUCUUAAUCUUCACAUCCAUCAUUCCCAGUUCGUUUAUCGUAAUUUUCUUGAUAACAUUCCUUUUAUUACGUAUUAUAUUCAUUAUUAUACCCAUUAUUAUUACUACUACUAUUUAUCAUUAUUAUCUUAAUUGACAAAAUGAAAUUCUCCUGCUAUGAAUUUUAUUCACACGACUUUUUGCGUUUUCAUUUUCGCUAUAUUACUAUUAUACUGAUUGUGAUUAGACACUUCACUCCAAAUCAUUUCGACCUUUAUUAAAUGACUUUUCUAAUUGACAAAUAACACCAUUUUGAAGUAUAUGUGUCGUAACAGAUGCAAAUGUUCAGCAUUUUUAACAUAUAGCAUUGUCCAAUUAAAUAAUAUGUGCCUCAUUUUGGCCUUUGGAAAACAUCAUAAUGAUGAACUUAUAACUGUAGAGCAUGGUGAUGAAGUUAUUGAAAACAAUUGUUCGCUC